GAUUUCAGCACCAUGGACAGCAGAGCGGACGGAGGUGACAGCCCUGGGUAGUGUAUAGAGGAGGAAGGCUGUGUGUCUGCUCUGUGCACAUGUGAAGGGCUGGCAUUGUCUUUAUGAAUGAUUAUCCUGUUUGUUUGUGUCUGUGAUAGGGUGAUGGGGCUCUGUGCUCAGAGGAAGGGGCAGAUCUCCCCUUGUUUCCAAUAGGAUUUCCCUUCAUUGGACAAGUGGUAGAGUUGGGGGAGGGGUGGAGGCAGCAAUAUCACAUACCCAUGUUGUCUGUCUUAUGUAGCAGCAGCUGGGAGAGAAGGAUGCACUCACCUCCCCUGUGACCGAGCAGCAGCAGCUCUACACCCAACUCCAUUCACACAGCUGCCUUACCUACCAGGAGGAUCAGGAGAUCCAGAAAUAAAACGACCGGAUAUCUGGUUGAGUUCAUUUGCGGUUUGUGUGACCUAAGACAGACUGACAGCACUGCUUCUUUAUCUUACCCUUCUGGUUUCCAGGCUUCUGCACUACCUUGACCUACAGUACUUGUGGUUUGAUGGGGGAUUGUUCGGAUGACAGCUGGAACUGUAGUGAUCACAGGAGGAAUCCUAGCGUCUGUAAUACUACUUUGUAUUAUUGGAGUACUAUGCUACUGCAGGCUUCAGUAUUACUGCUGUAAAAAAGAUGAGCUACGUGGUGAGGCAGAAGAAGAUCCAGGUCGCCACCCUCACUCCCACUUUCCCUGCCAUGACUGCUCCCCUGCUCAUCUUGAUGGAAUGUUUCCUCCUUAUGUGGCACCAGCUUACUCUCCAUACGGCUCCCCUUAUAUCAUACGGACUGCAGAUACCAUGUGCAAUGGAAGAGAGAGAGAUUCCUUCACUCCAACUCACUAUGCAGAGGCCGGACCUUUACUUGUGAUGGGCACUCCAAAUCUUUCUAGAGGGCUACAGGCUCUCAGUACCCAAGUAUGACCUGAGAAGUAGCCACCGUUUUGUGGAAUGCCUUUGCAUUUUAACCGUUUUAAGGAUAUCACACCACCUCUCGUGUUCACACAGAGACUGGCCAUUUUGAAGGUCACUCCAUGAACCGUCCAGGUCUAAGAACUUGUAUACGACCUGUAGGUAUGAUCUGAAUAUUUUCACAUCAUGUUAGCUAUAGAGAGGACUAACGUACAUCUCCUUGUUGGUCACAUGGAAGAAUAGGAUUUGAUGUGUCUUUGGCAUUUGGAGAUUCCUACUUUAUGUGAACUAGUAACUUUUAUUCCAGUAUAAUGUCAGAGAAGUUUUAUUUUGUCCUGAAACAAGAUAUUGAAUUGUAGAAAAGAACUGUAUGAAUUUUUAAAACUUAAUUUAUCACAGUAAUAUUAUAUAUAUAUAUAAAUAUAUAUUUAUUGUUAUUUAGGGCAUUUUCAGCAUAGGUUUGCUUAGGCUUAUAUAACUGAUUGAAAAAGGUCUUGGGAGGUAAGUAAUGUCUUCUUGGCAUUGGAAAAACUUUUUUAUUUCUAUUUUGGAUCAACGAUUUGGAAAAGUUUGGAUUCAGGUUUAUCAAAAGA